AUGCAGGCCUCCUCGGGAAUGCUCACCAAGUUUGAGUCCAAGUCGUCGCGCGCAAAGGGAAUCGCAUUUCACCCUAAACGACCAUGGAUUCUCGUCUCCCUACACUCGUCCACGAUCCAGCUGUGGGACUACCGCAUGGGCACCUUGAUUGACCGAUUCGAAGAACACGAUGGCCCGGUCCGCGGUGUCGACUUCCACAAGACACAGCCCCUCUUUGUCUCAGGUGGCGACGACUACAAGAUCAAGGUCUGGUCAUACCAGACACGCCGGUGUCUGUUCACAUUAAACGGGCAUCUCGAUUAUGUUCGCACUGUCUUCUUCCACCACGAGCUUCCCUGGAUCGUUAGUGCGAGUGACGAUCAGACGAUUCGGAUAUGGAAUUGGCAGAACCGUUCCCUCCUCUGCACCAUGACGGGCCACAACCACUACGCUAUGUGCGCCCAAUUCCACCCCAAGGAGGAUCUUGUCGUCUCGGCUUCGCUCGAUCAGUCGGUUCGGGUAUGGGAUAUUUCCGGUCUGCGCAAGAAGCACUCCGCGCCCACAUCGAUGUCCUUCGAGGACCAGGUCGCUCGCGCGAACGCAAACCAAACCGACAUGUUUGGUAACACGGAUGCAGUCGUCAAGUUUGUGUUGGAGGGCCAUGAUAGGGGCGUCAACUGGGUGGCUUUCCACCCUACCAUGCCUCUGAUUGUUUCGGCGGGAGACGACCGCUUGAUCAAGCUGUGGCGCAUGAGCGAGACGAAGGCCUGGGAGGUUGAUACCUGCAGGGGCCACUUCCAGAAUGCAGGUGGCUGUUUGUUCCACCCGCAUCAGGAUCUUAUUUUGUCUGCUGGAGAGGACAAGACGAUCCGCGUCUGGGACCUGAACAAGCGGACUGCUGUCCACACCUUCAAGCGUGAAAAUGACCGCUUCUGGGUGAUUGCCGCGCACCCGGAAAUAAACCUCUUUGCCGCUGGCCACGACAACGGUGUUAUGGUCUUUAAGCUUGAGCGUGAGCGCCCAGCAUCGGCCGUCUAUCAAAACUCGCUCUUUUACAUCACAAAGGACAAGUGUGUCAAGUCUUACGACUUCCAGAAGGGUGUUGAGUCGCCGACGCUGCUGUCCCUUAAAAAGCUUGGCAGCCCCUGGGUCCCACCCCGCACUGUCUCCUACAACCCGGCCGAGCGCUCCGUUCUCGUCACCUCUCCGGCAGAAGGCGGCACAUAUGAGCUCGUUAACCUUCCCCGUGAUGGUUCCGGCGCCAUCGAACCCACGGAAUCCAAGCGUGGCCAGGGCAACUCGGCCAUUUUCGUUGCCCGGAACCGUUUUGCCGUUUUGAACACAUCUACGCAGACGGUCGACAUCAAGGACUUGACUAAUAACACGACGAGGUCAUUUAAGCCUCCUGUUGGCACCAGCGAUAUUUACUUUGGUGGCACCGGAAACCUCCUCAUCAUCACCCCGACAGCCGUGCACCUUUACGAUAUCCAGCAGAAGAAGACUACUGCGGAGCUCGCCGUCAAUGGUGUCAAAUAUGUGGUAUGGUCCAACGAUGGCCUUUAUGCCGCCCUUCUGAGCAAGCACAACGUUACCAUUGUCACCAAAACGCUGGAGCAGGUCAGCACCCUUCACGAGACGAUCAGGAUCAAGAGCGCCACCUGGGACGAUGCCGGUGUUCUCCUCUACUCGACCCUGAACCACGUCAAGUAUACUCUACUCAACGGUGACAACGGCAUUGUCCGCACUCUUGACCAGACCGUGUACCUGGUCCGCGUCAAGGGCCGCAACGUUUACUGCUUGGAUCGCGCUGCCAAGCCCCGUAUUCUCCAGAUCGACCCUACCGAGUACCGAUUCAAGCUUUCUCUGGUCAAGAGGAACUACGAGGAGAUGCUUAACAUCAUCCAGAACUCUAGUUUGGUUGGCCAGUCAAUUAUCUCGUACCUUCAGAAGAAGGGUUACCCAGAGAUCGCCCUUCAGUUCGUGCAGGACCCCGCCACCCGGUUCGAGCUUGCUAUCGAGUGCGGGAAUCUCGAAGUGGCUGUCGAUGUGGCCAAGCAACUGGACCGCCCUAAGCUUUGGACAAGACUGAGCGCGGAAGCACUUGCCCAUGGCAACCACUCCAUCGUCGAGAUGUGUUACCAGAAGCUCAAGAACUUCGACAAGCUAUCGUUCCUGUAUCUCACAACUGGCGACAAUGCCAAGCUCGCGAGGAUGGCGAAGAUUGCCGAGCACCGUGGGGAUUUCACCUCUCGCUUCCAGAACGCCCUUUACCUGGGUGAAGUUGAGGACCGAAUCCAGAUGUUCAAGGAGAUUGAUUUGUACCCUCUGGCAUUCGCGACGGCCAAAGCACACGGCUUGGAAGAGGAGUGCCAGUCCAUUCUCGAGGCCACAGGGCUCACCGAAGAUCAACUCAACCUUCCUACUUUCGGCCAGCCCCUGACACCCCCUAAACCGGUCGUUCCCACGCACGAAGCCAACUGGCCCACCAAGGCGACUUCGCAAUCCGUCUUUGAGAUGGCCCUCCUUGGGCAGGUUGAGGGCCUAUCGUUGGAGGACGAGCCUGCUGCGGCCAAGGCUGAUGGGGAAGAAGAUGGCGCGGCACGCGAGGGCGCCCUUGCGGAAGAUGAGGAUGAGGAUGGUACCGGCUGGGAUAUGGGAGACGACAUUGUGCCUGAGGUUGAAGAAGGCUUUGUCAACGUCGAGAGUGCCGAUGCCGGUGGUGCUGGAAGCAGCGAAGCGGAUUUGUGGGCGCGCAACUCGCCAUUGGCUGUUGACCAUGUCGCUGGUGGUUCGUUUGAGACUGCCAUGCAGCUGCUCAAUCGCCAGGUUGGUGCCGUUAACUUUGCGCCCUUGAAGCCCCGGUUCUUGGAGAUCUACCAGGCUUCCAAGACAUAUCUGCCCGCGUCGGCUGGGUUGCCACCGCUGGUCAACUACGUACGCCGCACGAUCGAGGAGUCCGAUCCUAGGAAAGUUCUCCCCAUCAUCCCAAGGGAUCUUGAAUACUUGGCUUCCAACGACCUCCAGCGUGGUUACGAUGCCAUGAAGGCAAACAAGCUGGAAGACGGUUUGCAGAUCUUCAGGAGUAUUCUACACUCCGUCUUGAUCAAUGCUGUUGGCAGCGACAGCGAGGUCAACGAGGCAAGGAAGCUGAUCUCUUCCGCCAGCGAGUACACCGUUGCCAUGUCCAUUGAGCUGGCAAGGAGAGCGCUCGGUGCCCCUAAUACGGUUAACGCCGACCCAGCGUUGCAGAAGCGCAGCCUGGAGCUAUCGGCGUACUUCACGAUCCCCAAGAUCGAGGUGCCGCAUCGCCAGCUUGCGUUGCUAAACGCCAUGAAGUUGGCCUUGACCAGCAAGAACUACAACUCGGCACUCAGCUUUGCCAACAGGAUACUGGCCAACGGAGGUGCGGCCAAGAUCCUGGAGAAUGUAAGCUUUUCCCCUCCCAUCACCCUUAUUAACAAGCAUCACCAGGCCCGCCGUACCAAGGCUCAAUGCGAGCGCAACCCCAAUGACGCCGUCGAGAUUGAGUUUGACCAGUUCGCCGAGUUCGAAAUCUGCGCGGCCAGUCACACGCCCAUUUACAGCGGCACCGCACACGAGGAGUGUGCGUUUGACGGGUCUAAGUACCACUCCAAGUACAAGGGUACCGUCUGCGUUGUGUGUGGAGUCUGUGAGGUCGGCAAGCACGGCAGUGGGUUGAAGCUUUUUGCUUGA